GUUCUGGUGGAAAGCGAUACAAUCGCAUAUGUUGACACUGUUGACACUAGACAUUGUAGCGUAAACUACUAACUUUAAACAGUUGCAUAGUUCAUCCGGACACGUCGUUCGGCUUGCUUUCGUGAUUUGGCUGCCAAAAACAGGCAGCUAAUGCCGUAAGAUGCCGGAAAUAAAAGUAACACCACUGGGUGCUGGACAGGAUGUUGGACGCAGCUGCAUCAUCGUCUCCAUCGGAGGCAAAAACAUCAUGCUGGACUGUGGCAUGCACAUGGGAUACAAUGAUGAUAGACGCUUCCCAGACUUCUCUUACAUCAUCCAGAAUGGACGCCUGACAGACUUUUUGGACUGUGUGAUCAUCAGCCAUUUCCACUUGGAUCACUGCGGCGCUCUGCCCUACAUGAGCGAGAUGGUGGGCUACGACGGUCCCAUCUACAUGACCCACCCCACCAAGGCCAUCUGCCCCAUCCUGCUGGAGGACUUCCGCAAGAUCACCGUUGACAAGAAGGGCGAGACCAACUUCUUUACCUCGCAGAUGAUCAAGGACUGCAUGAAGAAAGUCGUCCCUCUCAACCUGCACCAGACUGUACAGGUGGACGACGAGUUGGAGAUCAAGGCGUACUAUGCUGGCCACGUUCUUGGUGCGGCGAUGGUGCUCAUCAAAGUGGGAUCAGAGUCUGUGGUCUACACCGGGGACUACAACAUGACACCUGACAGACAUUUAGGCGCUGCGUGGAUCGACAAGUGCCGUCCUGACAUCCUCAUAUCAGAGUCCACAUAUGCCACCACCAUUCGGGACUCCAAGAGGUGCAGAGAGAGAGACUUCCUGAAGAAAGUGCACGAGAGCAUAGAAAGAGGAGGAAAAGUUCUUAUUCCAGUGUUUGCCCUUGGAAGAGCUCAGGAAUUGUGCAUCCUCUUGGAAACAUUUUGGGAGAGAAUGAACCUGAAGGCGCCCAUCUACUUCUCUACGGGGCUGACGGAGAAAGCCAACCACUACUACAAGCUCUUCAUCACAUGGACCAACCAGAAGAUCAGGAAGACCUUUGUUCAGAGGAACAUGUUUGAAUUCAAGCACAUCAAAGCCUUCGACCGCUCCUACGCUGACAACCCGGGGCCCAUGGUGGUGUUUGCCACGCCCGGAAUGCUGCACGCUGGACAGUCCCUGCAGAUCUUCAAGAAGUGGGCCGGCAAUGAGAAGAACAUGGUCAUCAUGCCGGGGUACUGCGUCCAAGGAACCAUUGGACACAAGAUCCUCAAUGGACAGAGGAAGUUGGAGAUGGAAGGCAGAGCCACACUGGACGUGAAGCUGCAGGUGGAAUACAUGUCGUUCAGCGCCCACGCCGACGCCAAGGGCAUCAUGCAGCUCAUCCGCAUGGCCGAGCCUCGCAACAUGCUGCUGGUGCACGGCGAGGCGGUCAAGAUGGAGUUCCUCAAGGGAAAGAUCGAGCAGGAGUUCAGUAUCGACUGCUACAUGCCGGCAAACGGCGAGACCGCCACGGUGACGACGAAUCCCAGAGUUCCAGUGGAUAUGUCGCUCAACCUUCUCAAGAGGGAAGUGGCUCUGGGAGGACCUUUGCCAGAUCCCAAAAAGCCACGUAUCAUGCACGGAACCCUCAUCAUGAAAGACAACGGUCUCAAGCUGGUGUCGUCGGAACAAGCUCUGAAGGAGCUGGGACUCAACGAGCAUCAGCUGCGCUUCACGUGUCGCGUGCAGCUCCACGACCCUCACAGCGACCCCGACACACUCCGACGGAUCUACACGCACCUCAAGAGCAUCUUAAAGGGUUACGCCAUCCAGCACCUUCCCGACGGCACCGUCAUGGUGGAGUCCAUCGUCAUCAAAGUGUCGUCCUCCCCUGACGACGCCAACACCAAGGUCAUCCUGCUGUCCUGGAGUUACCAGGAUGAAGAUCUUGGAAGCUUCCUUUCGACUUUGUUGAAAAAAGGCCUUCCGUCCGGACUUUAAAUAUGUGUGUGCAUUGGAAACAUGAAAAAUGUUGAGGCACACACGCUUUAGGUAGGCUACACACAGACAACAAAUGGUCAACGUGAUUUAUUGUGACACACACUUAUAGCUAGUGAGGCACAGCAACAUAUGUACAGGUAUAUGUUGCUAGGCAGAAGUUGUGCCCCAAAAUGACGUACACAUGCAGCAGCCAUGCCCACAGGCUUGUCUCCGUGGCAGCGAGCAUAGUAAGGACAGGGAGAGCCAGCAGGAACAUGUCGUCACACUCAAGAAAAUAAUCGCCCCGCAAGUAUUAUUAGGUUACUUAUACACUAUGAUUCACGAAGCCAUUUGUCGGGCUUUUUUUUUAACCGCAUUGCUCUCUGCUGGAUAGGUGGGUCUCUGCCCCACUUGCUCCCAAUGCAAAAUGGCCACUGAUCUUGUGCCAAAGUGCAAAAGUCAAAUCAUGACUCUUCACGAUGACACGCUUUGACGCGUUGGCAUUCAGCAGUGACGUACCCAAUCAAUGAACAAGGAUUCGAUGUACCAAGUCAUUAAUAAUGAUAAUAAACCAUUUUUUUAAUGAAAAUGAACCAUUUUGAGAUGUUUUCCCUGACUUUAAAUUCAAGAUUAAACAUUAAUGGAUGGUGUCGUGGAUCUAGCACACGUGACACGGUGCAAAAGUUUUGGGACUUCGCGAUUAGACUGCUGUAAUAGUCUCUUCUCAUGUCUUGGCAAGAAAGAGCUGUCUCGCCUACGAUUGGUGCAAAACUCUGCAGCAAGGAUUUUGACCUGUACAAAUAGGAGGACACAUAAAAACGUGUCCCUCAUUCCCCCAUUCUAAACUCUCUUCAUUGGCUGCCAGUUUCCUGUUGGAAACAUUUUAAAACUCUAGUUCUCACUUUUAGAGAGUUGCAUAGUCAGACCUCUUCUUAUAUAAGUGAUCUGAUUCAGCCCUACACUCCCGUUGGCGCUCUGAGGUCUGUGGAUCAGAACCUACUGAUGGUUCCACGUACUCGUUUCCGGACCAGAGGAGACCGAUCUUUCCAGGUUGUUGUUCCGAGGCUUUGGGAUGAUCUUCAUCUAUUUCUGCGUUCAUUAGAUUCUGCUGAUGCUUUUAAAAUCUAACUUAAAUUGUUUUUAUUUGUUAAAGCUUUCUGAUUGGGCUGACGUGACUGUGUUGUUUUAUUUAACUGUGCGUAUGCUGUGAUUUUUUAAAUAUGAUUAUGAAGCGCUUUGUGACUUUGUUUGUCUGUGAAAGGUGCUACAGUAUAUAAAUACAUUUUACUUACUUACUUACAUGUCUUUCCCUUUUCUUUGCGGACUAAAGAGAGAAAACCAGCUAGCAUGUGAGAGGUAACAAUGCACGUAAUGGGACACACCUUUAUCGACUAUAAAGCCCUCUAUAAAACACAUUAAUGAUAACAUGUAAUACCUACUGUAUUGUCAUAUGUUUGCCAUUUUAAGCAUUACUUGAACAUUUUUCCUGGGGGCAUUAAUUUCACAGAGCCCAUAGCAGCUAACACUACUUCCAUCAAGAACAGCAGCAUAGAAAGCGUGUGUCUGUUGGCUACUACUAAUCAUGGCAGACUUCAUGAGAGCCGCCGCCGACAACUACUUUUGGACAAAUAAUGAUCCAGAACCUUAUCUUUUUGAGCCUGAGUGUACGGAGGAUGAGCUAUAGGUUUUAGAAGCUAAGUGGGCAAGAAGAGAGAGUGAAACGUCGGAGCAGAUGGGGGCCGAGAGAGUCAGGACCGGCAUGACUUGGUGGCCUGCCAAGCCAUGUCGACAGAAAUCAAGUGUUUCUGCUGAACUGAGUGGCACACGGUGUUACCAUCAAUCGAAAGGCUUUGCGUAUAUGGCGUAUAUGGAGGACAUUGCUGUAAGAGACUACAUAGCAACCAACGAAGAAUUGUUCUGUUGUUUUUUUUAGAGGGCUUUUUAAUGUUCAGAUAGGUGGGUCCCAUUACGUGCAUUGUUAGCACCCUCAUGCAAACUGUUUCUCUUUCUUUAGAACCCACAAAAAAGGGAAAGACAUGAGUUCAUGUUCACAUAAAGAUUGAAAAUUUUUAAUUUAUAUGACGACUUUUAAUCUUUUUUAAACUCUUUUUUUUGUCAUAUAACAGCUUGAAUCCUGUAAACUAUUUUAUCGCUAAAUUGUGUUUUUAACAUUGUUACGUGUUAAAAAGGCGGCAUGGCUCAGGUGGUAGACUGGUCAUCUCCCAACCUGAAGGUGGCGGGUUCGAUCGUCCGUCCUGCUGUGAUCAUGUCGAAGUAUCCUUGGGCAAGAUACUGAACCCCCAGUUGCUCCUGGUGCUGCAUCAUCAGUAGGUAAAUGUGCUAACAGUCUCAAAGCAAUUUGAUUGCCUUGAAGGUGGAAAAGCGCUAUACAAGUGAAAGAUCAUUUACCAUUACGACUUAAAUCUUGUACAAAAAACAUGCUUUUUUACUCAUUUCAUGAUUUUUAUCGCAUAAAACUGUUUUUGGAAUUUUUUUCUUGCUAAAUUACAACUUUUUUCUUGUAAAUUUACCACAUGUUUCUUGUUCCGUUAUGACUUCAAUCUUUUUUUAUGUGGAUUACGUAUAUUACAACUUUAAUCCCCAGCGUUUCUACGCAAGUAUGGAAAGUAUGGAAUUUGAUUUGAUACAUUAUCAGGUUUGGAAAAGUAUAGAAAAAAGAAACUCAAGCAUGGAAAAAAUAAGACUAUUCUCACUGUUCUGUUUUCUAGAGAGAAAAAAAAAUUGAAAUGACUAAAAAAUUGAAAAAGAAAGUAAUGGAUGGAUCUGUUUUUCUAAGGCGCAUGGUGGGGCAGCUAAGAUGUUUGUGUGAGAGCACACAGUGGUCGACACAUCUUGGAAAAUAUUUAGGAAGAUUGAAUGGCCAGCCCUCUGCUGUUAUCCUCCUCCAAACCUUUGUAUGAGCUACAUUACCUAGCUAUAAUCUCCUGGAAAUUAUAUGGUGACAUAAUGGCAUCCAUAUUCAGAAUAAUGAAAACAAAUCAUUAAUUCCAUGAUUUAUUUACACGAUACUAUGGCUGCAAUUAACGAUUGUUUUCUUUGUCUAUAACUCUGAAGCUUGUUGUUUGGGUUAAUAGAGUAAUUGGUCAGGCCCUAGAUGGACCAAAGCAACAUCAACCAAACAAACAGUUAGUGGUUUGGUCCGCAACAUAUCAGAGAAGAGGCAAAAAAAAAUUUUUUCCACAGUCAAAGCUGAUGUGUGUGAACGUCUUGUUUUGCCUUAAACACAAAGAUAAAAGGUCUGUUUUCAUGGAUGACUAAGGAAAUUUAAAAAAUAUUUACAUGUGAGAGGCGGAAAUCAGAGGGUAUUUACAUUUUCAAACAAAGAAAACAAUUAAUUGAAGACCAAAAUUGUUGUCGAUUAACUGGAUAAUCGAUUAAUCACCGAUUCAUCAAUUAAUUGUUGCGGCUCUAAUGAUAUACAUCUAUUUACUGAGUCUGGAAAAAGUCUGGAAUUUUGAAAUAUCAGAUCCGUAGGAACCCUGAAAACGUAAUUCUGCUAAUAUUACAUGAAUAUAUUUUUCAUUCGUUGUUUUCCUUUUUAACGUGGCCCUAAUCCUCAUUGGAAGACUACUAUUUUGAAGCAUGGCUGUGGGGAUUUUUGUCCAUUUCUGGUGUUGGACACUGUUCUUGUUCUUCCACACCAAACUCCUCCAAGCAUGCCUUUAUGGAGCUUGCUUUGUGCACUGGGAAUGGAAAAGGGUCUUGCCCAAAGUGUUCCCACAAAGUUGGAGGCAAACAAUGUCUUGUUAAAAUGAAGAAUUAAGUCCAAGCUGUGAUCGAUUGAUACUUUAUAGUCCAGUGUUGCUCAACUAAUCCUGUCUCAUCGCAUCGUGAUGGUAUAAACGCCACGACGCCUCCGUACUCUCCCCCACAGCCAAGUCCUGCUCAGGGGCUUCCACGUACAGUGGCUGGUAGUGACGUAGUAGAGCAGAGGGUCCAGGCAAGUGUUGAGGAUGACGAGGGCCAUGGUGACCCUCCUGGCAGCGUAGAUGGCGUUGGCGGGGGCGCACCUCUGGAUGACCUCCAAGCGGCGCAACAGGUGCAGCAGGUAGACCACGUGGUUGGGCAGGAAGCACAGAAGUGUGAUGGCCAGGAUGGUGUAGAUGACCCUCAGGGCUCUGCGGGCUGUCAUCGUGUGGAUCCUGGAGAUGCGCCUUGCAGCCAGCGGGUAGCACACCAGGAUGAUGGCGGAUGGCAGCAGGGAGCAGAAGAUGAGGCUCAGGAGGCUGUAGGCCACCAGACGGGAGCUCCACUCUUGCGCGGUGAAGUUCUCAAAGCAGCUGUGGCCUCCUGAAGCAUUAGUGUUGGUCUCCAGGGGUCCCAUGAGGAUGAAAACCAGUACGGCCACUACCGCCACACCCCAGAGGGCGGCGCUGGCGAGGAGCGAGCACCGUGUGCUCCUCAGCCUCAAGUAGGCGUGCGGGUGCACUGUGGCCACGUAGCGGUCCAGGCAGAUGCACGUCAUGAAGCAGAUGCUCAAGUAGAUAUUGCCGUAGAAGAGGACCCCCGUGACACGACAGGCCACGUCACCGAACACCCAGUCAUUCCCACGAAGAUGGUAGUGGAUGCGGAAUGGGAGCGUGCACAGGAUGACUACGUCGGCCAGCGCCAGGUUGCUGAUGUAGACGCUGAAAGCCGUGCGGGGGCUGAACUUGAUGGCGAACACGUAGAGCGCCACCAAGUUGCCCGGGAGACCGAAGAGAAGAGCGAAGAUGUAGACGGCCGGGAACAAGUAGAGCUGGUACUCGGUUGGCGGGAGCUGACACUCUGACACUGACACUGUUUGAUUCAUCAUGGCCGAUUCCCGCGUCACCUGGCGAGGUCACAUGAACUUUGUCAUACUUAAAUGUUUCAGAUCAUGGCACAAAUUAAAUAUUAGUCAAUGGCAACACAACGCAACACUAAAUGUAAUUUUUAAAUGAAACUUUUUUUAAUAUUUUAGAACUUCCUUAAGAUGCUAAAUCUCAGACCUUGCAAUUUUUCGACUGGUCUUAAAAUUUUGAAUGUUUUCAAUGUGUGUGUGUAUAUAUAUGUAUGUAUGCUUAUUAUUGUAAGUGUAUAUAUAUGUGCUUAUUUUAUUGAUAUAAACAGGUGUUCAUAAUUAAAUAUAUAUAAUUAAAUAUAUUUAAUGUGAGCUACAGCUAACUAAAAUUAAGUCUAUUAAUGGAACUGAAAGUUUGACUUAAAUACAUUUAAAGAGAUUAUUAAUAGUCUUCUAAGAAUUUAAAAGCUGGGCCACAACAAAGUACAAACAGCUAUGUUUCGUAAAGAUUAAAGUGUAUGUUGUUAAAGUCUAUGUAAACAAUAUCAAAUAAAAAUAGCUCAAAGUGUGACUAAAAUUAAAAAAAAACUAUACAAAUAGAAUAUAUAUAUUUAGAAAUGAUAAGUAAAUUAGUACAGUCUAUGGAUAAAAAGAAAUUACAUUAAAAAGGAGUUAAAGUUUACUUAGUGGUACCUGACGUUGUAAUCCUCAUUAUUGCCACCCAGAGGACUGGAGUGGCAGCGUAUCACCUGGCAAUAUGGUGAUUAGUCAGACAGACAUUUUUGCAUGGUUUCCACUUACAUCUAGUUUGUGUUUGCAUUUUUUCCCUCUCAAAACUUGUUUUGCAUUGUUGAGUUGCAUUAACAAGUAUCAUGUUUAUUUAGUAUAAAGUUUACAUCAAAGCAAAGGUUUUGUCCAAAUACUUGCAAAAGUUUAAACAUAUAGAUAACAUAUAGAUAGAUAAAAAAUUGUCACCUAUGUGCUCCGGAGAUGUCUUGAUCUUGCCUUGGAGAAAAUGUUACAUUGCUGUUUCAAAUGUCUCGCUGUUUAGUUUCCUGUCUUGAUGUGGUGUAGGCGUGUAAGAAAGAUGAGGACAGGAAACAGAAACGACUCUCGCUAUUUUAUAACCCACCUUCUGCUGUGGUAGACAUCCUUUUGCUUCUUUUAUUCUGUUUAUCUCUCCACUUCUACAAUGCAACACCCACACAGGAACGCUUCAAAUGAAUACACAAGUUAUCCCCUACAGAAAGAGCAAGAAGAGCAUUAAUGGAUUCAAAAACUCCCACGUUUAAAUCUGUGACCUUAUUGUUUCAUUCUAAUUUCAGCUUGCUGGAAAAUAUUACAGUGUUUACCGUCACAUUUGAACAUUCUUAGCUGUCAUACAAGUGUAAAAGAAGUGAAUAAGUACGGUGGUCAACACAUAAAACACAAAUAAAACAAAACACACAAAAAAACAAAUAAAAACCAGAAGUCAGACCUUUGACGCCCACUGAACUGAACCCUUGCGAAGCACACCGAGGUUGGAGUUUUGUGUGGUGGUUUGACUGCUUUUGGUGUUGGUGCUCUUAUUAUUGUGCAUUGCUAAAGAAUUCAUUCACAAAAUUUCCAGCUAAGUUUUUUUUUAUUUAUGGUUGGUUUAUUUAUGGUUUAUUUGUUUUAAAUAAACUGUCUGCUAAAUCAAAGUCAACCAAUUCAUAUUUAAAUAAUAUCUUGACUGUAUUACCAUGGCCAUUAUUAUGAACGUGAGAUUAAAAAACAAUAAGCCUUUGUAGUUGUGGAUGGUGCCACACGACAUGACGCUACAUUACUACCAGUCAGAAGAUGGCGCUGAUUUGUCUUCAAUCUUCUUGUCGCCUGCAGAUAAAAAUAAACGACAGCGAAGAAGAAACUGAACACCCCCCCCCGACCAAGACAAACGAGUAUUAGUGGCGUGAUAAUUGAGUAUUGAUUAAAUUAUCCAAUUUAUGACAAAGUUAUAACUUGAUCAAUAUCUAUGUUUUUAGACUUUCUGAACGAUCAAAUUACCGGCUUGCCGUGGCUGUUUUGAUGCUCGUGAAAUAGCAUGUAGUAGAGCCAUGUUGAAAAAUGUCAGCCGAGUUUUAAUGACCAGUUGUGGCCUGCUCUGACGUCACUCUUGCUGAAAGCUUUUUUUUUUUUUUAUAAAGUUGUUAGGUUUUAAUUGUUGUGGA